AUGCUCAACGGAGGAUGCCAAAGAAAGGUCCAGCUUGACCUGACCAUGGCCAUCUUGGUUGUCACCUUCAUCUUGCCUAUGCUGUGGCUGCUGCUCCUGGCUCUGCCCUGCCUGGGAGACUCUGCACCCGAGGUCCCCUCACCUGUCCUCAAAGGCAAAAUGGUGGGCAUCAUGGGAGGCGAAGGUACCCAUCAAGGGAAAUGGCCAUGGCAGGUCAGUUUGAGGAUUUACAAUUACCGCUGGGCCUUCUGGGAGCACAUCUGUGGAGGCUCCAUCAUCCACCCUCAGUGGGUGCUGACCGCUGCCAAUUGCAUCUUCCGGAAGGAUGCCGACCCCUCAGCAUACCGCAUCCAGGUCGGAGAAGUGUAUCUCUACACGGGGGGGAAGCUGCUCGGUAUCCAUCACAUCUUCAGACACCCUAACGCCACCAUUCCCCAUUUCGGCUCUGAUGUGGCCUUGCUAAUGCUGACCACCCCCAUGGCCCUCAACGACUACGUCAGGCCUGUCAGUUUACCACAACACAGUGACAACUUCACCUCAAGUGAUGAGUGCUGGCUGACAGGCUGGGGCAACUAUUAUACAGCAGUGCCCUUGCAGGCGCCCUACCAGCUGCAGAAGGUGAGGAUCCCGCUGCAGGACGAGCGGAGCUGUGACGAGGCUUAUAGGAAGGACCCUAAUUUCAGAGACAAAAGCAAGGCCAUCCUCAAAGACAUGCUGUGUGCUGGCAGUGAGGGUCGAGGCCCCUGCUUGGGUGACUCUGGGGAUCCCCUGGUAUGCUGGAAGUCUGAAAGAUGGGUUCAGGUGGGAGUGGUCAGCUGGGGAACUGAAUGCUCCUUGAAGCUGCCUGCAGUCUUCGUCAGAGUCCAGAGCCACUUGGACUGGAUCUAUGAGUACGUUUAG